AUGUUCAAAAUUUUUCUUAAACACUUUAGGAACUUAAGAAUGGAAUUUUAAGUGCUGAUCAUAAAUUUACCAAUACUCAUUUUAAUAAUGUUAGUGGUUGGAUUAUCUCACUAUUUGUAAUAUACAGUUAUAUUUAAUAUGCUUAAAAACUAAUCAAAUGAAUUGUUAACAAAUUAGGAAUACAUGGCAUUGUCAUUAGUUUCAGCUGAAUUGCAAAAAUAUAUAAAAUAUAAACACAAUUUUUGUAUAUGCUAUUUAUAUGAUAUUAGAUAUUUAAAGAUUAGAACACCUAAAUAAAAUAUUUAGUUUUGUUUAGACUGAAUAAGAGAAUUAUAAGAAUAUGAAUAAUUUAAAAAAUUGUCUGAAAUUAGAAGAAAUUCGAGAUAACCUUAUAGAGUUCGAUGCACCUUAAUUUUGUUAUAUCGCAUGUGGAUCAAAUGAUAGAAUAACAUUGCCUAUUUAAGAUAAAAUUAUAAAUAUCUUUAACUAAACAACCUAAUUGAUAAAUCAGUUUACUAUAGCUUUGGAUGCAACUGAAAAUUCAAUAAUUUCAAUGGUUGAUUUUACUGACUCAGUUUAUUUUGCUGCAUAUCCUCGUUUGUUAUUAUUAAUGAAAUAUAAUCCUCGUACAAGGCCUUGGUAUUUAAAAAAUAAUUAUAAAGGUAUAAAAAUCAUUUGGAAGGAAUGAAGACUUAACCUGAAAGAAAUUAUCAUUUCUCUCCAAUUUAUAAGAAUUAUGCAAAAAACAUUUAUUAGAUGUCAAUAACAUAUUCUAUAUCAGGAAAAGCUUUAUCAAAUAUAGGAAUACUAACUUAAAAUGUUGAAUUAAAUGAUACAAAUAUUGUAGAAACUCCUUAUAAUGUUAUAGUAACUAGUGAAAAUGGUGAAGUUGUUCUUUAAGGAAUAGAAUCAAUCUAAAAUUUGGUAUAUUAUCUUAUUUUAAAAAUAAUAGAUCUAUAUAAAAGAUUACAUUUUAUUCAUUAAUGAUACUAAUCAAACAGGCUUUAAUGAUAGUGAUUGGCAAUAAAUGAAAAGAGUUGCAUAAGGCAAAGAAAUUCAAAACAGAUGCAACGAAUUCAACACUUAUGCAUUUUGCUUAUACAACAAAUACUUUAAAAAAUAUGUUAUUUUUAAUGCCACUUUAAUUAAAGAGGGAAGCUUUUACAUGAUUAUGUAAAUAUUCUAAAUUUUAUUGAUUAGCUAUUCCAAUAUCACUUCUUAAAUUAUUCUUAAUAAAUAAUUAGAUAUUAUCAAUGAUGAUAUAUAAUCAUAGCUUUCCUAAAGUCAAUAUACUCUUCUUAUUUCAGGAUUAACUUUAUUAUUAUUGGCGGUUUUCAUAAUUCAUUAUAUAUUCCUUCCAUUAAAAGAUCUUAUGAAAACACUUUAUUUCUACAUUAAAUAAAGAGGAAAUAAUAUCAACAAAGAAAUUUUUAAAUUGUUCAAUACUAAAAUGAAAGUAAAAAGUAACAAUACUUUUUCGGAUUUAAUGCAAGUAUUUUUAAAGUUUGAAGCAAAAAUGAAUCUCAGCUAAUAAAUUAAAAAUAAAGAUUGUAUCUUCUUUGAAUAAAUACAGUAUUAAAAAUAAGCAAAAAAUGAACUUAUAAAUCCACUAGAAGUUAAUUUAAAUAGUAUCACAAAUAAUCCUUUGACUUUUAGCUCGAUUAAAAAUAUAUUUGAUUUAUUAAAACUUAAAUUAUUUAAUUUGUGA